ACUUCCGCUUUCAAGCAUAAUACGUCUGACUUACCUUCUCCGGAAGGUUAAAACAACAGAAUGGCGACACAAAUAGAAGACAAAAUUUUCAAGACACCAGACGAACAAGAAGUUGACUACUUCCCGUACGAUCCAGACCUAACAGAUCUAACUCUCAUCGUGGAAGGAAGGAAAAUACAUGUAAUCAAAGCUGUGCUAAUGGAUGCAUCACCUGUAUUCAGAAAAAUGUUCACUGACGACUUUAAAGAAAAGAAUGAAGCAGAAGUUUGUCUUUCUGGAAAGGAAUAUUCCAGUUUCAUUUUGUUUCUGAGAUGUAUUUUUCCAAGAGAAUAUGUUAUUCUUUCUGAAAGAAGUAUUGCAGAUCUUUUGCCACUAGCACAAGAGUACGAUUUAAGAUGCAUUUUAAUGGAGUGUGAAACAUGGCUAUUAACUGAACUUGAGUUCAAGAAAUCAAAAGUACAGAACCAUUAUGAAAAUAGCGUCGAAUACCUUACGAAGUGUCUUUACUAUGGCAAUGAGUACUGCUUGAGAGAAUUGUAUGCUAAAGCUUUCCAAUUAAUGAUUCCACAUAAGCUCACCAGAUAUAAGACGAAUCAAUUCUACCAGAAGCUUCCUGAGAAAAAUAAACGGCUUACUAAGAUUGAAGAAAUGGGGACAUUAUUAAACACAAUUACCUCAUCUGGAUUUAGUUUGGGUACACCAGCUACAUGUAAUUAUUCAGAAACAACGACUUCUGCACAAAUUGUCUUUUAA